GGGAAGUUUCUGUUUGGGGGCACUGAGUUUAUGUUAAUGGUGGUGGAAUGUUUUGAAAAAUGACACUGAUAAUGGUGGCACAACAUGAAAAAUAUAACCAAUUAUCACUGAAUUGUAAAUGUGAAAGUUAUGCUGACAGAUGGUUUGGUGUGUAUAUUUUCACCACAAUAAAAAAGAAGCAAAUGAUCAAAACUGCCACCUCAGAUUUCUCAGUUUCCUCUUUUGUGUUCCAUCUUUCUGAAGAUAAUGUAUAUUUUAAACAGGAAACUUGAGAUCGCUGCAGAAAGUCUUCUGAGUCACAUCUUUUAGCUUCAUCAGAGCAGGUACUAAAGGCUUAAUAUAUACUUGGCCUCUUGGAAAGAAGCCAGACCUCUGUGGUAACAUCUCCAGGGAGAGUGACUUAAGAGCUCCUGGACCUCCUGAUCACAGGGAGCCAGAAACGUGUGUGUGCGCACACAAUGGUGAGAGGACAACCUCAAGAGAGAGAGAGAGAAGUCUGGUGGCAUCGGGUGAAGGUCUGGCCUACUGCUGUGGUUUCCCUCUCGCUUCUCAGUGCCUGUUUCAUUGUGAGCUGUUUGGUGAAUCGUGAUAAUUCUGUGUAUACCAAAAUUGGCAAAAAGCUGUUUAAACUACAAGACCACCAAGAAUAUCAUUCACGUUUGACCUGCUUCAACGAAGGAAAGGGGCUAAAAGAUUGGCACUGCUGCCCAACCCCCUGGAGUCCAUUUCAGUCCAGCUGCUACUUUAUUUCUACUGAAUUGAAAAAUUGGACUGAUAGUGAGAAGAACUGCUCUGAGAUGGGGGCCCAUCUGAUGACGAUCAGCACUAAGGAUGAGCAGCAAUUCAUCAACCAGAAGCUGGAUGGAAAUUUUGCUUACUAUGUGGGGCUGUCAGACCCAGAGGGGAAGCACCAGUGGCAAUGGGUUGAUCGGUCACCAUACAACGAAAGUGUUUCAUUCUGGCAUCAUGGUGAACCCAACACGCAUGAUGAGCGUUGUGUUAUCAUAAAUUUUCGUGAUGAAAACUGGGGCUGGAACGAUGCCUCUUGUGGCGAAACUCAAAGGUCAAUUUGCGAGAUGACAAAGAUCUACUUAUGAAUGGAAUAUUCUCCAGGGACAUGUGGUAGGAUUGACAUCCACCGUGAAAGGAAUAGCUAAUUUGCUUUUUGAUUAUGUGUAUCUUGUGUUUAAGGGAUGUCCACAGAAAUUUUCAGUAGGCUGUCACCUUUUCCACUUGUGAUAGAAUCAGUUCACACAUUCAUUCAUUUAUGCACUCGUAAUUGGAGAGCCCUUUUGCAGACACAGGGAGGGAGCAUGAGACUUCUCUCCUAAUUUCUGUUUGACUAGGAAUGGGUUAGGUACUGAUAUCAGUAUUUGAUGUGGAUCCUCCCAAUAUCUGGCUUGUUCUUUUUAUGGUUUGGUCAAAAGUAUUCUCCAUUUCUCUCAGACAGAUUCAUUACUUUUAACUGAAAACAUACUAUGUAGCAGGAAGAAUUCAGUACCCAUCCAUAGGAAAGUAAGAUUCUAGCUUUAGUCCAAUAUAUUAUUUGGGCUCUUAACUUUCUCUGCUCAGUCUUGAGCUUGCAAAUUUUUUCUUUGCUUUAUAGUUUCACAGAAAUGCAUAGUUUUUAUGAAUGAAUUGUCACCCAAAAUGGCCCCUGGUUUGUUUUUACCCCUCUGCUUUAUAACUCCGCUGCCAUUGAGUCAAUUCUGACUCAUAGCAACCCCAAGAUUUCCAAGGGAUACGGAAGCAGACUGCCACAUCUUUCUCCCACGAAGUGGCUGUUGGGUUUGAAUUGAUGACUUUUUGGAUAGCAGCCGAGCACUUCUAACUGUUGAGCCAGUAGAGCUCCUUCUUUUUGCUAAAGUUUGUACAAAUUAUCCUAUUUCUACAACAAUAUAAAAAUAUAUCAUAUUUAUAUAUAAAGAAAGCUGCCAUUGAGUCAACACCGACUCAUGGUGACCCCAUGUGUGUCAGAGUAGAACUGUACUCCAUAGGGUUUUUAAUGACUGAUUUUUCAAAGUAGAUUGCCAGGCCUUUCUUCUGAGGAGAUUCUGGGUGGACUUGAAGCUCCAACCUUUUGGUUAUUAGCCAAAUGCAUUAACCAUUUGAACAGGCCAGGUACUCCAUAUUUAUAAUACUACUUGUAAUUCAUGGCUGUGGCACGGUGAUUACAAUUGAUUAUGAUAAAAACUGGUUCCAUCCAUGGCUUUACUUGCAUAGAUUUUUGCA